ACAAGAAACGACAAGGAAGAGGAGGCACCUUUCGCCUCUUCUACCUUGGUGGAGAUCGCGGUCUCCUCCACUUCCUCCUCGUCUUGAUUCGACCGAUCUGGGGUUAGGGUUUCUUUAGGGGUCGUGGAGAUGGGACAGCAGUCGUUGAUCUACAGCUUCGUCGCGCGGGGAACGGUGGUUCUGGCGGAGUUCACGGAGUUCUCGGGUAACUUCAACAGCAUCGCUGCUCAGUGCCUGCAGAAGCUCCCCGCUAGCAACAACAAGUUCACCUACAACUGCGACGGCCACACCUUCAAUUACCUCGUCGAGGACGGUUACACAUAUUGUGUUGUUGCUGUCGAGUCAGUUGGCAGGCAAAUUCCCAUUGCCUUUCUAGAGAGGGUGAAGGAGGAUUUUAACAAAAGAUAUGGAGGAGGAAAAGCUGCAACUGCUGCAGCCAACAGCCUCACCCGCGAGUUCGGGUCCAAGCUUAAAGAGCACAUGCAGUACUGUGUUGACCACCCUGAAGAGAUAAGCAAGCUUGCCAAGGUGAAAGCUCAGGUUUCUGAAGUCAAAGGAGUUAUGAUGGAGAACAUUGAGAAGGUUCUUGAUCGCGGGGAGAAAAUUGAGUUGCUUGUCGACAAGACAGAAAACCUUCGCUCACAGGCACAAGAUUUCAGACAGCAUGGAACACAGAUGAGGAGGAAGAUGUGGCUUCAGAACAUGAAGGUUAAGCUAAUCGUCUUGGGAAUCAUUAUUGCACUAGUACUUAUUAUCGUUUUGUCUGUGUGCCAUGGCUUCAAAUGCUAAUAUUGAUCGAUAAGGGGGGCUGUCACAAUUACCCCUUCCCCAGCAGCACUAGUGCUAUAUGUAGUGGUAUAUAGUUUGCUACUUCCAUAAACAUUGGUGAUUUGUGGUUUAGCAUUCCAAGUUGCAAAUCAGUAUUUUGGGUUUGGCUUAGCAGGUUUUGUGUAAUGCAUGUAUAGCCUGAACGCAGUUCUUUGUUGCUAAAUAAUGAAUUGGCAGAUGUGUUGUCAUUUGUGGCUAUCA